UGCCAGGUUGCUUCCUCCAAACAAAAGUCGCGUAUCUCCGUAAUUCCUUGCCCCAACCCGAGGCGAUAUCUGUCAUUCCGAAUCCCCUCUCCCCGCAUUCUUCCCCGAGGCCGGUUUUUGCAUAAGAGAGAGAGAGAGAGAGAGAGGAAGGAAAGGAAAAGAAAGGACUCGUGGAAGCUCUGCUCGCGUGAUGCGUGGAAUAGUGGUGACACGACCAAGACAUGGCUAGCGAUCCUUUCCGUCUGCUUUCCUUCUCUUCUUCUUCUUCUUCUUCUAAAUGGCGUUUCUCUCGUUUCAUGGUGUAUAGGAAAUCCAAACCCUAACAAUCUCUGCUUUUUUUUUUCCCGUUCGGUCACCUUUUUCUUCUUCUUUAUUUUGUUGAUUUCGUUGUAAAUAUUCAGAGAGAGCGAUGGCAGAGUUAGCGAAGGUGUUGUAUAUAGUUGUGGUGGACGAAGGUGAGAAGAGAGAGAAGGAGACGUCGUCGUUUCGAUACACGCGACCCGUUCUUCAGAGCACUCUUCAACUCAUGGGCUGCAAAGCUCGUCAUGCCUUCAAGAUUAGCCAAAGGGUUUUUGCAUUGACAAGAAGUGAGUCUUCUUACAACUCUCUACUUCAAGAAGGAAGUGAGACAUUGAAUUCUGAUGGUUUGAGAGGAAACUCUGAGAAGGAAGAUGUUUGUCCUGCCAAUGGUGAUAGAAAUAAGAGUAUACCAUUUGAGUUGUACAAAAGACGCACAUCUGUUGUUGUUAAAAGAGAAACUUUCUUAGAUGUUGUCUGUGAUGCUCUGGCUGAAUAUAAGUAUGUGGGUCCAAACCAGAGGGCUGACUUGAUUUUGGCUUGCAGAAUCCGAGAGAGGAAGGAAUCUGUAACUGUGCUGUUGUGUGGCACUAGCGGUUGUGGCAAAUCAACUCUGUCUGCUUUGCUGGGUAGCAGGUUGGGAGUUACAACUGUGAUUUCAACUGACUCGAUUCGCCACAUGAUGAGGAGUUUUGUAAAUGAGAAGCAAAAUCCUUUACUCUGGGCUUCGACCUACCAUGCUGGGGAGUGUUUGGAUCCUGUGGCAGUUGCAGAAGCGAAGGCUAAGAAGAAAGCAAAAAAAUUGGCAGGCACCACUCAAUCACUUCCUAAAGGUGAGCAAGCGGAUGGUUCUUCGGCUGGCAAGUCCAAUGCUCAACCAAUGGAGAAUGGUUCUACUAGUACUGAAUUGAUCAGUCUCAAACAGAUGGCUGUUGAAGGAUUCAAGGCACAAAGUGAGAUGGUCAUUGACAGUCUAGACAGACUGAUUACUGCAUGGGAAGAAAGGAAAGAGUCUGUAGUUGUCGAGGGUGUUCACUUAAGCCUUAAUUUUGUUAUGGGGCUUAUGAAGAAACAUCCUUCGAUUAUUCCUUUCAUGAUAUACAUUACAAAUGAAGACAAACACUUGGAACGAUUUGCAGUUCGUGCAAAGUACAUGACAUUGGACCCUGCAAAAAAUAAAUAUGUGAAAUAUAUAAGGAAUAUCAGGACGAUACAGGAUUAUCUAUGCAAAAGAGCUGACAAGCAUUUGGUCCCCAAAAUAAACAACACAAAUGUUGACAAAAGUGUGGCGGCCAUACAUGCAACAGUUUUCAGUUGCCUCCGGAGGCGUGAAGCUGGGGAGCCACUUUAUGAUUCUAUAACAAAUACAGUUGCUGUGGUUGAUGAGGAAUACCGGAAUCAGUGUGCUGCCAAUUCGCUGAGCUCCAAGGGAAUGUUUCAGCUGAUCCAGAGGAAUGGUUCUUCGAGGCAACUGAUGGCUCUUCUUAACACUGAUGGAUCUGUGGCAAAAGCUUGGCCAGUUGAAUCAGUUGAUGGUAAUGGAAGGUCCAUAUCUGGCCAUGGGGCAGAGGGUGGAAUAGGCAUUCCCUUGUAUGGACCUUUAAUAAUUGGCAAGGCUGAACCUGUUAAUCUUCAAUUUGGUCACUUUGGAAUUAGUGCCUGGCCUAGUGAUGGUGGCACAAGUCGUGCUGGAAGUGUAGAUGAGUCAAGAUGUGAUGGGACUGAUAAUGGCAGUAGAUACCAAUCUUCUUGCUGCAGCUCGCCAAGGAUGUCUGAUGGUCCUGCAAAGGAGCUAAAGGAGGAAAAUUCAGUGUAUGGCAGUGAUGAAGAAGUUGACGAUCCACCUGAAGCAGACAGUGAUGAGGAUUUUAGUGAUGAUGGUGACAAACAAGUCCAUGAAGAGGUGGGCUCUGUUGAUGAAGGCUCAACAAAGUCAGAUGAAGAGUAUGAUGAUCUGGCAAUGCAGGAUGUGCAGGAGAAUGGCUACUGGUCAGAUGAUGAUGAAGACCGUUGUGACAAGGUGGUGACGAUGUCUGGGGAUCAAGCAACCCACACAAGAGCGGAUAAAUAUAACAAGAAUUUGGACCUCUUCCUCAGAAGUAGAAGUGAGCAGUUGUCCGAACCAUUAUGCUCUUAUUCGUCUCUGCUUAUGGAGAGAAACAAGAGGGGAUUGGCACCUUUCGGCAAUGUUAAAAUGAGAAAACGCUCCCUCAGUAUUCCAGCCAUAGGGAAGCAUGGCUCUAUAAUCAGUGAUCCCAUACUUUCAGGAGCCCCACAGCGGUAGCCAAAACAGUUUUGUUCUUAUUAGCGUUUUGAUGUUUUGUUUUAUGUCCCAUUUGUGGCUCCCGUAUAAUUAGGUAAUUUACCCCCCCCCCCCCCCCGAGUUGCUAACCCCUCUGCCCAUUUUCUGCUCUCAUGUACAGUGAUGCUUGGUUAUGGUUGCAUGACUGGCAAUGAUGCUUUAAUGUUAAAUUUUUUUGUUUUUGAUAAAUGCCAUGGAUGAACUCAAUUCGUACAUACGCAAUUGAAUUGAGAAUCAAAGUUUAACUGA